CCAAACCAAAAAAUCUUACCGUCUUAUCCGCAGCUGGACUUGCAAACCUAUGAAGUCCAAAUCCGAUACGUAGAAUUUGCCAGAUGUGUGUUUCUUCGAUCUUCCUUGACUCUACCUUAUCUCCUUCUCUUUCUCUCUCUUUUCUUUCUAUCUCUAAAAACCACACCUACUAUAAGUUAACUUGUUCACAUUCUCAAUUCUUUGAUUCUAAGCCCUAGAUGCCAUUUAUCUUCUGUUAGACCUCCAAUCAAUUCCCAUGGCAGCUCUUAUCUCCUACCACUUCUGUUCUUCUCUCAUCAACCCUAAUUUCUCCACCAAUUCUCCCAAAAACGCCUCAGCCUCCUUUCGACUGCGAUGUUCUUCCGAAAGUCCUCGUCGAUUUCAACUCCACAAGAAUCAGAGAGAUAGGUUGUUUCCAUUGAAGGAAUGUGCGAUUUCAGUAGCGUUGGCGAUUGGAUUGAUAACUGGAGUACCUGCGUUGGAUUGGUCUUAUUAUUAUGCCAAUGCAGCUACUCCGGCGCUUCCAGAUUUGUCGGUGUUGAUAUCGGGGCCGCCGAUUAAGGAUCCAGGGGCGUUGUUGAGAUAUGCUUUGCCUGUUGAUAAUAAAGCUAUAAGGGAGGUUCAAAAGCCACUUGAAGAUAUCACAGACAGUCUCAAGAUUGCUGGGGUCAAGGCACUUGAUUCUGUUGAAAGAAAUUUGAGGCAGGCAUCCCGGGCUCUGAAGCAGGGGAAGAGUAUGAUUGUUUCGGGAUUGGCGGAAUCAAAGAAGGAACAUGGAGUUGAAUUGCUGGAUAAGAUUGAAGCUGGCAUGGGUGAGCUCCAACAAAUUGUGGAGGAUAGAAAUCGUGAUGCCGUAGCACCUAAACAGAAGGAGCUGCUUAAUUAUGUUGGAGGUGUUGAAGAGGAUAUGGUGGAUGGCUUCCCAUACGAAGUGCCUGAAGAAUACCAAAAUAUGCCUCUAUUGAAAGGGAGGGCCACUGUGGACAUGAAGGUCAAGGUUAAGGACAAUCCUAACGUAGAUGAGUGCGUGUUCCGCAUUGUCCUGGAUGGUUAUAAUGCUCCAGUAACUGCAGGAAAUUUUAUAGAUUUGGUGGAAAGGCAUUUUUACGAUGGCAUGGAAAUCCAAAGAGCUGAUGGCUUUGUAGUCCAAACUGGAGAUCCUGAGGGACCUGCUGAGGGUUUUAUUGAUCCUAGUACAGAGAAAACCCGCACAAUUCCAUUGGAAAUAAUGGUGGAUGGAGAGAAAGCACCUUUCUAUGGGGAGACUUUGGAAGAGCUUGGUCUUUACAAGGCUCAAACAAAGCUUCCAUUUAAUGCAUUUGGGACAAUGGCCAUGGCCAGAGAUGAAUUUGAGGACAAUUCUGCUUCAAGCCAAGUGUUUUGGCUAUUGAAAGAAAGUGAACUGACUCCAAGUAAUGCCAACAUAUUGGAUGGCCGCUAUGCUGUGUUUGGUUAUGUGACAGAAAAUGCGGAUCUUUUGGCAGAUGUGAAGGUUGGAGAUGUGAUAGAGUCAAUUCAAGUAGUGUCUGGCCUUGAUAAUCUUGUCAAUCCAAGCUACAAGAUUGCUGCCUAGUGUGAAACAAUUCAGCAUAUUUUGUUUUGAGCAAUGUGAACAAAUUUGUGGAAGAGAGCAUUGUUUCGGUUGUUUUAUUGGGAUGAUUCUGUAUUGUUUCAUUUUGAUAUCUAAUAACAAUUCUGUAUUUUUAGUUUCC